UACCCAGUAACAUGCAUUAACAAGAACUUUUGCUAUCAGGAAUCAAUUAGAAUCGAAUCAGAAAAUUAGAAAGAAAGGGUUCAGCUUCAUUGGUCAUCUUUUCUAUUUUAAUGUCUUCAUAAAUCCCUAAAUCUCAGGAUAACGGUUUCUUAAUUAGGUGUACGUCGAAGAUUUACGCUGGUGAGCAGUUUAGAUGACGCAAAACACCUGGCAAUAUACAGAGUAACCUAUUUAGACAUCGUCCCUGAUGAAAUAUGAUGAAAAUGGCCCAUGAUUUGUUUUCCAUUGCAAUAAUUGACACCGUCUGAGAGACAACUGAUUAUUUAUGUUAGUUUACCCGUAAUCCUUUUUCCUAUUACAAAAAAAAAACUCCAACAGGAUGACAGUAAAAUCACUGAACACGGAUAUGAUUUCACCUAAACACCUCAACUCACGCAGAACCACAUUUGGUCCAAUCACAUCGAUCGAAAGAAAAAUAAAAUCGUGUAAAACGUAGACCACAUCGAGKAGUCCUCUCAUACCAUACAGACAUGGAAGCCGAAAAUAACACRAGGGAUAAAUGCCGUAAUUUGAAAUUCAAAAUCUUUGGUCGUCUGAGGAUUGAAAUCAACCCAGUCGUAACUUUCGUCUCGGCUAUCAUAAUAUGGGSGUUCGUGGUCUACUGCUUAGAAUGGACCGAUCAAGCCAACGCUGAAAUUCCAAAAUGGAAAAAUUGGAUCACUGUAACUUGGACCUGGCUGUACAUUGGUACCCAAGAUGUGUGGGCAGUCUUUAUCUUGUAUCUACUCUUCUCCAAGUAUAGCAAGAUCAAGCUUGGAAAACCYGACGAGAAACCAGAGUUUUCUGAUGCCACAUACUUUACGAUGUUGUUUGCUGCAGGGAUCGGUGUUGGUUUGUUCUAUUUUGGCGUCGCUGAACCCAUAYRUCAUUACGAACCAAGUCACUCGACACCGUUUGCCAAUCGUUAUCAAGGAAGGUAUUCUGACAAUCAAAGAGCUCAAGAUGCUAUCAACAUCACGAUAUUCCACUGGGGUAUACAUGGAUGGAUCGUCUACACUUUGAUCGGCCUCAUUCUMGGAUUCCUGUCCCACAACAAAGGUAUGCCAAUGACCAUGAGAUCCUGCUUUUAUCCUCUUAUUGGCGACAAGAUCUACGGCACAUUUGGUGACAUCAUUGACAUCCUGUCCGUUGUGUGCACAAUGUUUGGAGUUUGUACAAGUCUUGGUCUUGGUGUCAUCCAGCUCAACAGUGGAUUUCAUCGUAUGAAUAGCAGCAUCCCAGAAAGUAGGGAAAGUCAGGUGGUUAUCAUCUGGUGCAUCACAGCCUUGGCCACUGCGUCUGUUAUCAGCGGCAUCAAACUGGGAAUCCGUCGACUAAGUGAGAUCUGCUUUUCUAUUGGAAUGUUUCUUUGGUUUGUUGUUUUCUUUUAUGAAGAGACCUGGUACAUCUUGAAUCUCUUCGUCCAAUCAGUUGGCUAUUAUCUACAGUGGUUUGUUCAAUUGGGAUUCCACACCGAUGCAUUUGCACAACUAGGAGAUGCGCCCGAUAAGAAGCAUGCAACCACAUGGAUGAAUGMMUGGACAAUCUUCUAUUGGGGAUGGUGGAUCGCCUGGUCUCCUUUCGUGGGUGUUUUCAUUGCCAGAAUCUCACGCGGUCGCACAAUUAAAGAAUUCAUCAUGUACACACUGACCAUCCCAACAGUUUACUCCUUGAUGUGGUUCUCAGUCUUUGGYGGUGCGGGUCUUCGCAUGGAGAGAGCUGCUGCUAAUGCCAAUAUCACCUGCACCUCAUUACUAGGAGGCACAAAUUCAACCGCAUCCUAUCAUGGUCUUUAUCGUUUGUCGUGUCGGCGUUCAACCAGCAUGUGGUUUGACGUGAUGGAUCAGUAUGGUGGACUUGGACCGUUCCUCUCUGGAAUGUCCAUAGUUGGMUURAUUCUUUACUUUGUGACGAGUUCAGACAGCGGUUCUCUUGUGAUUGACAGCCUCUCAGCCAAUGGUCAUCCAGAUCCCCCAGUUCUUCAAAGAAUCUUCUGGGCUUUGACCGAAGGUGCGACGGCUACUGCUCUACUCUGGACGGGGGGUGAUAAAGCUCUUUCAGCUCUGCAAGCAGUGUCCAUUUGUUCUGGUCUUUUCUAUACGGUAGUACUGAACUUUAUCUGUGUGGCGCUGUGGAGACUAUUGAAGAUUGAGAUGGGAGUUAUGGCUGCCAAUGGACCACAGUUCUCUAUCGGUCUGUUUGAUGUAUUCUAUCAGUGCUCUGGAAGCUUGUGGGCYAGRUUGKUSAUAGCUCUCUYUGCUCCCUGGUAUCCAAUCGGUAAUGCAGCAGGAAAGGUAUACGGAUCCAACCGUUACGUUGCCAUGGUGUGCCUUGCAAUUCCAUUUUAUGCYUGGAUUCUCUUGGAAAUCCUUCAAGUAGUUGAGGUUGGCCUGGCRUACGUAGGAUGGGCUGUGCUGUUUGGKUUCAUAGCUUACGGUACUGGAGUACGUGCGGAAAUCCGAGAAAAAUUCCACAUCGUCGGCAACCUUGGMGAAGACAUGUUUGCCAUGAUGCUGACCUACCCAUUGGCAGCCUUGCAGAUGGAAGAACAGAUGUUAAGAUCAUAUGAUUUACCUGGAAAUAGGGUGAAUCACGAGGUUGGAAAGACGAACAUGGCACUUGAUGCUAUGGAGAAGAAUGAGAUGGAGAAUAGUGAUGAGGCAAGUAAUGACACUCACGCAACCAAACCAGCAUCCAAGUAGAAUUUUAGUGCUUCUGACAAUAUUAACUGAUUUAAGUUGUUUUUUUUAAAUAGUGCUAUGUACGAACGCUUAAUUAGGAGUAAACGUUGGAACAUUUUAUCUAGAGAAUAGCUCGCAUCAAAUGCUUUGGAAUAAUAUUAAUUAAGCAAGUGCAUGAAAAUUGUAUUUAUUGGUCAGUAGAUCAUAAUUCAUUUCCGUCUUUUUUAUCGCAAUGCAAGGACGUUCCCUUUUUAAUCUAUCAUUUAAAACGCUUUUUAUGAGGUUUAAAGAUACAAUUUGAUAAAGKGAAUUCUAUAAGUUAAACAGAAAAACUAACUAGCCAACAAUCCACCGUCUACACCGUGUGAUAAGAAUCACGUUUGCCCUUCAGCCUUUUAAAUASGAUGUUGGUGACAAACUUGAUCACAAUCCUUAAAUGUAUUACCCGGAUAUCGUAGAUAUCAGUUUGUAGACCACCAUGCUAUUUCAUGUUGUUAACAAUGACAUAUAAAACCGAUAAUUGAGUUUCCUAUGACCCUGAAACCAUAUUGUAGUGGAUAGAAAAUUUGAUCGUUUUGUGCAUGCGAUGCUUCAUAAUAAUACUAGCUAGUUAUAAUGUGUUCAUCAACUUGCGAGGGAUGCAUGUACGUGAAAUAGGUCAAUAGUUACACGGACUGUAUUUAAAAAAAACGGUAUGAAGUUGGCACUUUUCAAGUCGCUAGAUAAUUCUCGCCAAUCAUAUGAUUUCUUCUGUAAUUAUCUGUGAUAACGGAUUACUGAGUGUUUUUAAUAUCCUUGGGACGAUACCAUCAAGACCUGGGAUUUAAUGUUGUAAUGUUGAUCUCGUCCACGAUGGGAUUGAUGGGUAGUUUUGAGGAUUGGUCAAGACAGGGUUGAUCAUUAACUCUAAUCAACACUCAGUGAACACUGAGUAGAAUUGAUAAUUCAGGAAGUUUUAUAUUUUUGUACGAGAAAGUAGGAAAAUUGCAUAAGUAGAGCGAGAGCUCAUAUAAGAAAAUAUUGCAGAUAUAAUUAAUUAGUCGCUGUAAAAAUGCAACAAUAUUUUAUCUUCUAUAAAAAAUAAAGUAAUUUCAUCUUGGUUGAAAACAAA